AACGCCAGCCAUGGCGGCGGCUCAGUCCUCCACCGAUUCGUUGGCUCCGCACCUCCGCCGCCGUCCGCGCCGCCUCGUAUUCGACCGCCGCUACGGCUGGAUCUUUGACGAAUGGACGCACCCCGCCGACCAAGCCCUCUCCGGCGGCCGCGGAAUGUUCUGUGCGCUGACGAUGGCGCGGUCGCUGGUGAGCGCUGCGGCGUGCUCGAUUAACUAUGCUGUCAGUUCAAUCAGCAGAGUUCUGGAACGCCCCAAAAGACUCCACAAGAAGCAGCAAGCCUGGUUCCGUGAACUUGAAUGCUCGGGAGUUGUAGCUGAUCUUAAGUUAAUACAGACUUGAAGCCAUUCUGAACUAGAAUGCACCACAACUGGUUGCAUGUGUUCCGUAAAGAAGCAUGAUCAUCUGUAAGCACGGUAUCAGAAAAUUAUGAGACACUUAUCCUUAGCAAAAAGCUAUUUGUCCU